GAUAAUAUUUUGCUGUUGCUGACAAACAAAAAUUAAACCAUGUCUACUACUGGUGUUAGGUUCUGUCUCGCAGUCCCAAAGUCGUUAAAACAUCCAAAAUAUUCCGAUAAUACUUAUCAAGUACGUGUUGCUCAUAGACUAGCUGAAUGUCUUAAAACGUCCAUUAUGGAAAACCGUCUAAUGUCAACUUUUGUUCCUACUGACAGACAGAUUAACAUUGAGUGUGAUGACCAGCCAGUAUUUACAUCUUGUUGUACAAUUGAUGAAACACCAACUGAUUUGAAUAAUUGUGGUCAUUCUACACACUUUGUUCUGAUAUAUAUACCAAAGUUGUGGCUUAAACAAUGUGCAUCAUUACUAAGACCGGAUUUAUCAAUCGAUAAACAAGAACUCAAUAAUUGUGUUCAAAAGUUAACCGAUGGGCAAACAGCUUGGCUUGCCGAACUCGCUAUUCGUAGUUUAGUUUUGUCUAAGGCACAUAUUAAAAGUCUUGUAUGUGAUUUGGGUUUGUCCUUAAAUCUGAUUAAUAAUAUUGAUGAGUAUAUUUUAUCAAAUCGUCCAGCUCUAUUCAUCUUAGAGUAUUUAGGACUAAUAUCUAAUUUAACUAGAAGUCAUGACAAAAUGGAAAGACGAUCUAUAUGGACCGAUCAUUUCUCCACUUUAAAUGUAUUUCCGAAUUCGGAGAAAUUACGUCAGUAUUUUGGUGAUUCAAUUGGAUUUUAUUUUGUUUGGAUGAAGUCUUAUUGUGUUUAUUUAACUUGUCCGUUAAUCGCUGGUUUAUUUUGUCAAGUGUUCAAUUUACUAAAUGGUCAACAUUUUGAAGAUAAGCAAGUAUCACUAGGAAUUCAUUUAGUUUAUACUAUUUUCAUGAUAUUAUGGGCUGUUAUCUGUACUAAACUGUGGCAACGUGAGUAUAUUUCUUGUGUCGAUCGAUGGUCUGGCAAUGCCUUAAUUGAAUUAGCAGCAAAUGACUUAGCUUGGCUGUUUAACUUUAUUGAUCAGAGACCAACUUUUCACGGCACUUGGAGACAAAGUCGCGUUACUGGCUUGAUGGAAUUGCACUAUCCCGCAGCUAAACGUCGAUUACGUUAUGUGGCAUCCGGUUUCAUUACAUUAGGAUGUUUGUUAUGGGCUAUAUUUGUAAAUAUUGCCCUGUUGAAUAUGGAAGGUUUUAUCGUAGCAGAAAAGUCGCCAUGGUUUCAUAUAGGAUUCGUAAGUCAGUUCGCUGAACCUGAUGCAAUAUUUGAUCCGAACGCCAAUGGAAUAUUAUCGUAUAUUCCUGGGGUUUUACAUUCUUUAAUGGUUUUCGUUAUGAAUCAAAUAAUUUUUCGUGCUAUUGCUGAACAUCUAACCGAAUGGGAAAAUCAUUGUACAAAUAAGGAUUAUGAACGUUCAUUGAUUAUAAAACGUUUUUUAUUUGAAUUGGUUGAUGCAUAUGGUGGUUUAAUUUAUUUAGGCUUUAUAUUAGCUGAUCGUUUGGCAUUACGUUCACUUUUAUUAACAAUGUUUGCUACUGAUUCAAUAAGACGCUUAACACUUGAAUGUAUUAUACCAUACAUAAUUUAUCGAUUUCGUGCAUGGAAAGAAAAACAAUCAAUUGGUUUAAUUAAACGUAACCACAAUAGUGAAAAACCUGUGUAUCAAAUACGUGCUGAACGUGAAUUAUGCGCAGAUAUUUAUGAAUCAUUUGAUGAUUAUUUAGAAAUGGUUUUACAACAUGGUUAUCUUGUAUUAUUUGCUUAUGCAUCACCAUUAUUUAUUACAAUUUUAGCUAUAUUAUGUACAUUUCUUGAAAUACAUUUUGAUGUAUUCAAAUUAUUUUGGGUAACACAAUGUCCUAAAUCAAAUUUAUUACUUAGAGAACAAUAUAUAUGGUUAUUGCUAUUAGGUAUACAAGCUUGGUUAUCUGUAUUAACUAAUGCUGGUUUAUUAAUAUCAGAAAUUCAUCGAUUAGAAAUUUUAACUGAUGUGACUGCAAGCACUAUAUUUCUAAUAUUUGAACAUUGCCUUAUAUUCAUUGCUUUAUGUAUACAUUUUUUAAUAUCUGAUACACCGGUUACUGUACGAGAUGCUAGAUUAGCUCGAGAUUUUGCUAGAGCACGUUUGUUGAAUCCUAAAAAAGAUAAUUAAUUAUACGAAGAUCAUGCUGCACAUAAAUGCACGUAUUACAUAAUACACCAAGUUUAGAAAGUCGUGAUGUGAUAUAUUAGUAAUUGUUUUAGCCUUUUUCACCUACUUAUAUUUAUUAUUUUGUUUGUCCUGAUUACGUUGUAUCUUACUUAAUAUACUUUACAAUUUUAGUAUAUGAAUUUUGUAGACUUUCGUUUGUACUCAUCAAACUUAGACAAUACGUUUUUUUUCGAUGAUUUGUUAUUGAAUGGUGUUUUGAACGUUUAUCCAUAAAAGUCAAUACAA